UAACGAUGCCUGUUUGGGUGUCAACGCUGAAACCGCCUAAUCCAGUUUCAGAAAAAAGGACAUCACUACCUUAGUCAAACAUUUCUACUUGGUUAUUUUAUAAAGAAACAUAAUUCUCAGCAGUGGUAGAAAAUGGACACGUCUGACCAUGGUCAGAAAACCACUGAUCAGGAAAUUUCAGGAAUUCUUCCGUAUCGUUUGCGGGAUCGUGAACAACUGAGGAAAAGGAAGCUGGAAAAUCAAGAGAAGAAAACCUCACAGGAGGAGUCAAAGGGAAAAAGAAGAAGAAAGACAAAGGCUAAGGGACCGAGCAACAAGCACACAAAAAAGCCAGUUGCUGAACCAAGUCCUAGCCCAAAACCAGAGACUGCAGAAGAACACAAAGUGGAGACCAAAAACCAACCAGAUCCUGAAAGUGAAAGGCCUGCACCUCCGGAAGAAAGUGCAAAUCCUUUUAUAAUUGAGGAAAUACCCGUUCCUGCAACAGAUAUGCCUGGAGAAGCAGAGCCAGUUGAUGUGGAAACACCAGUGACCCAACAAUUCCAAAUUGAACACAUGCCUGAAGGAAAUGCAGCAUCAGAAGAAGCAAUAGUUCUGAGCUUGUAAAAAAAUGCAUUUGAAUGCCAUAGAAUUAAUUUAGAUUUUCUCUGCCAGUUGUUAUUACACAGGAAAGAUAGUAGUCCUCUUUGCUAUCAUCAAGCACUCUAUUGUAGAGGUAAACUCACAUCUGUCACUAUAUGGUGCAACCCAUCAGUGUCUCAAUGUAUGUUGAGACCUGUUCUUGGAGGUGGCAACACUUAAAGUUUCAUAUAUUGAUUGAAUGUGAAAUUGAAACCCUACAAUCCCCUAUUCAUUACUGAAGCAUAAUACAGGGAAUGUAAGGAAAGACAAGAAUGGCUGUUUUAUUUUUAAAGCAGGUGGGAUAUCCUUCCUGCAGAUAGGUAAAUAACAUGGAACUACCUGACAUACAGCACAACAGCAGAACAUUUGGCCCAAUGCUCUAUGGUAGUGUUCAUGCUCCAGAUCAACCUACUUUAUCAACAGAUCAAGAGUAGAAAUCUAGAAACAAAAACCAGAAAUUGCUGCAGAAACUCAUCUGGUCUGGCAGCAUGUGCAGAGAGAAAGCAGAGUUAACAUUUUGAUUCCAGUGACUCUUUAUCAGAACUCAUUCUUACUUCAUUUUACCCCAUCAGAACAUCUCUGUCUUCCUUUUCUCCCUCAUGUUUAUCAAGCUUCCCCUAAAAUGCAACUAUGCUAUUUUUUUUCACCCACUCCCUGUGGUGCGAAGUUCUUGCCACUUUGUAUAAUGCAAUUUAUUUGAAUUCCCCAACUUAAUUUCUUGAUGACUAUCCUUUUUGAUAGUCUGCAGUUUUCUUCUUCCUCACAAUUGGAAACACAUUUGUAGAGAGGUUUCUCCUGAAAACUUGCUCGUAUUUAUUAGUGAGUAGGAUAAACAGAACAGAUGUGGACACUUUUGUUUACAUUUUUAUUUUCCCAAUAUGCUUGUCAACUGAGCUUCAUGAAUUAGGAAAAUUCAAAUGAAGCAAAUACUUACACUUACCCUUACUGUGCCCAUGUCUAUUGACAUGUAACUGUGGCUAGCAUACAAGCCUUUACGGAACAGAAAUAUUCCCAAAUUUUAGAUAUUAUCACAAAAUUCCAGUAUCAAUAAAUAACUUGUCCCUGAAGGAAGCUUGUACAUGUGACGUAGCUUGAAAUCCUGAGUCUAAUUCAAAACAGCAACAACUUAUUUGUAAAGCACCUUUAACAUAAUCAAAACAUCCAAAGGUACUUCACAGAAAUAUUACUAAACAAAAUAUGAUGGACAAGAAUCAGAACUUGGCCAAGAAGGUAGGUUUUUAAGAAGCAUCUUAAAGGAGGAAGGAAACUAGAAAUACAGAGAAAUUUAGGAAGGGAAUUCCAGAGUUCAGGACCCAGGGAGCUUGUCCACCAAAAGUGGAGCAAUUUAAAUUGGAUGUGCUCAAGAGGUCAGACAUAGAUGCAUGUGGAUAAAUAGAGUCAUACAGCACGGAAACAGACCCUUCGGUCCAACCAGUCUAUGCCAAACAUAAACCCAAACUAAACUAGUCCCACCUGCAUGCUCUGACCCAUAUCCCUGCAAACCUUUCCUAUUCAUGUACUUAUCCAAAUGUCUUUUAAACGUUGUAAUUGUACCCGCAUCCACUACUUCUUCAGGAAGUUCAUUCCACAUGCAAAUGACCCUCUUGUGUAAAAAUUUUGCCCCCUGUGUCUUUUUUAAAAUCUGAGCCCUUUCACCUUAAAAAUGUGCCCCCUAGUCUUGAAAUCCCCCAUCCUAGGGAAAAGACAACUACCAUUGACUCUAUUUAUGCCCCUCAUUAUUUUACAAACUUCUAUAAGGUUGCCUCUCAACCUCCUAAGCUCCUGUGAAAAAAUUCCCAGCCUAUCCAGCCUUUCUUCAUAACUCAAACAUUCCAUACCCAGCAACAUCCUGGUGAAUAUCUUCUGAUACCUCUCCAGCUUAAUGAUAUCCUUCCUAUAACUGGGCAAACAGAAUUGGACACAGUAUUCCAGAAGAGGCCUCAUCAACCUGUACAACCUCAACAUGACUUCCCAACUCCUAUACUCGAAGGACUGAGCAAUGAAGGCAAGCGUGCCGAACACCUUUUUAUCUACCCUGUCUAUAUAUGAUGCAAGCUUCAAAGAAUUAUGUAGCUCCACCCCUAGGUCCCUCUGUUCUACAACACUACACAAGGCCCUGCUAUUAAUUAUAUAAGCCCUACCCUCGUUUGUUGUAUCAAAAUGCAAUAACUUGCAUUUAUCCAAAUUGAACUCCAUCUGCCAUUUUCAGCCCUUUGACCCAUUUGAUCAAGAUCUCUUUGUAACCUUAGAAAACAUUCUUCACUGUGUACUAUGCCACCAAUUUUGGUGUCAUCUGCAAACUUACUAACCAUGUAUAUUCUCAUUCAAAUCAUUUAAUUAAAUGACAAACAAAAGAGGACACAGACCAAUCCCUGUGGAACACCACUAGUCACAGGCCUCCAGUCCAAAAAGCAACCCUCCACCACCACUCUCUGUCUCCUGCUGUUAAGCCAAUUAUGUAUCCAACUGGGAAGCUCAUCCUGAAUCCAAUGAGACCUAACUUUACUAAUUAGCCUACCAUGCACAACCUUGUCAAAGGCUCUACUAAAGUCCAAGUAAACAAUGUCUACUGCUCUGCCCUCAUCAACCUUUUUGGUAACUGCCUCAAAAACUCAAUCAAGUUUAUGAGGUAUGAUUUCCCUCACACAAAACCAUUCUGACUAUCCCUAAUCAAAUUUUGCUUCUCUAAAUGUCCAUAAAUCCUAUCUUUUAUAAUCACCUCCAACAGUUUACUCACAACCAAAGUCAUACUCAAAGUCAUAGUUCUUCAGUUUCUCCUUACAAUCUUUCUUAAACAAAGGUACAACAUUAGCCACUCUCCAGUCAUCAGGCACCUCACCCAUGGUUAUAGACUAUGCAAAUAUUCCUACAAAGGGUCUCGCAAUUUCCUCCCUGACCUCCCACAAUGUUCUGGGAUACUUUAGAUCAGGUUCUGGAAAUUUAUCCACCUUUGUAUUCUCUAUGACCUCCUCAACUUUCUCUUCUAUAAUGUGAACUGUUCUUAAAACAUCAAACUUUAUUUCUCUGUGUUCUCUUGUCUCUAUUUCUUUCUCCACAGUAAAAACUAACACAAAAUAUUCAUUUAGUAUCUUUCAUCUCCACACAACACAAAGCCAACCUCCUUGAUCUUUAAGGGGCCCUAUCCUCUCUCCAGUUACCCUCUUGCUCUUAAAGUAUUUGUAGAAUCUCUUUGGAUUAUCCUUACCCUUAUCUGCCAUAUCACCUCUUUGCCUUCCUGAUUUCUUUCUUAAAAUGCCCCUACACUCUUUAUAUUGAUUAAGACAUUGAAUUAAACCAUGUUGUCUAUAUCUAAAAGAAGACCCUCUUUUAUUCUUGACCAGAACUUCAAUAUCUUUAUUCACCCAUUGCUCCUUAAUCUUACCAGCUUUACUCUUCACUCUAAUGCCCCUGAACUCUUGUCAUCACGCUCUUGAAAGCCUCUCACUUGUCAGACAUCCUUUUAUCUUGGAGAAUUGUGGGACUGGAGAAGAUUACAGAGAUAGGGAUGGGCAAGAAGAUGCAGUUCGGAAUUUGAGAAUGGAAGUACUGCUUGGCACAAAACCAAUGUAGGUCAGUGAGCAGAGAUGAUAGGCGAACAGGAUGUUGGGCAAGUUUAAGAGAGUUUGUUAAAACAUCUGAGGUAGCCCUCCAAGUACAAAACUAGAAAGGUAACAGAAUUCUCAAGAGUUAUUCCUUGUCAGGAGAUAUAUAACUGAAGUGUAAUAAUUUAAUUAGCAACUGGAUGUCCUUCCACAGUAGUAAGCACCAGGAUUGUUAAUAUGUGCUUAAUCAGACCGCUGAGACAGUCUCUGUUAAUCUUCUAGAUGUUAUAAGGCAUUCCAGAUCAAAGUAACUCAGUUUCAGCAAAUAAUUUGCAGUCUUGACGUGACUUUAAGACGAUGUACUCAUUUUUGUACUACCAGCCAUGAAAAUAAAAGAAAAAAUAACUUCGAAAAGAUGUGUUACAGUUCAAAAAAAUUUUAAAAAAUGAUUUACUCUCAUGAAUUCAAAGAUUAAAGAUUGUUAAAAGAUUAUCUCACAGCAGAACUUCACAACUUAGGCUUCUCUUAAUCAGCCUUGCACAACAAGGUACCUGCUUCUUCAAUUUGGAGCACAUGGGCAGAUAUUUAUAUUAGUGAUAGAGCUGUAGGUUAUCUCAGUUGUAAGCGGAAGCUUUAUAUUGAAAUCACUAUAUAAUCUGCAUUGUACAUUAGUUGCAAAAAUGAUCAUAACUCGUGUUCUGAAGAAGGGUCACUAGACCCGAAACAUUAACUCUGUUUUCUCUCCACAGAUGCUGUCAGGUCUGCUGAGUUUUUUCAGCAAUUUCUGGUUUUGCUUAUAACUAUUAUGCGCUUUUACCCACGUGAAAUAGUAUAAAACAUAGAAUCAAAUGUUACCAGAGUUCUCACCUCUGGUAUCUUAUGAGAUCAGAAAUGCAAAGAACUACAAUUAAUUUACAAAUGCCUUAACUAUGUUUGCUUUUACAUUGAUCAUUCUAAUAUUUAUAUUUCUUCUAUGAAUGCAAUUAGCAUAAUUGGUGAGCCUGUGCAGUCAUGAUGGACUGAAUCAUCUCCUUUUUCCCCAUAACAUUUCUGUAAUUCUAGGUGGACAAUGUAAAGGAGUUGAAAUAAAAAUUGGAAAAUGCUGA